CAUUUCUCUCACAAUUUCUUUCCCAUAAAUUAAAUUACUACAAAAAUGUCAGAUUUCAACUUCGACAGUACUUGUACUUCUCCAUUUAUAAGUGCACCUUCAAGUCCUCAACAUUUUGGUACAACAUUCUUUUUUAGUGCUCCUACUAGCCCUACUCGUAUCUCCGCACUCUACGGAGAUACUAACGUUACUCAUGAUAAUGAUAAUGAUAAUGAUGAUGAUACAAAUGAUUUCGCUUUUGAAUUUAGCGGACAUGAAAUAAUGGAGAAAAGUACAAUAGCAGCUGACGAGUUAUUUGAUGGCGGGAAAAUCAAGCUAAAGCAAGUAAUAGUACCCAUUGAGUCGCCGAAAAUGAAACAAAAGAACAAAGAUAUCCUAAAUUCUCAAUUAAAUUCUUCUAUGAGAGUAUCAGAUCUUUUGUUAAUCAAGGAAAAAGAUGAAAUUAUUGAUGAUACGGAAAAAACAGAGUCCUCUGUUUCAUCAUUGAUAUCGUUAUGGAACAGAAGAUGGAAAUUGAAAGACUUAUUGUUGUUUAGAAGUGCUUCUGAGAGUCGAGCUAGUAGUAAUACGGAAGAGAUGAGUAAGUACGCGUUGGUGAAGAAAGCUCGUGAAGAAGACGUUAAGAAGGAAGGAUCGAGCUCGAGCUCGAGCUCGAGGAGGAGGAAGAUGGGAUCAAAUUCGGCUCAUGAAUUGCAUUAUAAGAUGAAGAGGGAGGUGUUGAAAGAUAUGAAGAAGAAAACAUUUUUACCAUAUAAGCAAAGUGUUCUUGGUUGGCAUGGUUGCUAUGGUCUUGAUGAUACAAUUUCAAUGUAUAUGUCUCCUCGUUAGUAGUUUAUAAUAUGAUUAUUUUCA